GCAUUUAUGUCGUUUGUGAGAUGUAGACAAGGGUGAUCAUUUUUCAAGUUUGAAAGAUCUCUGAAUUCCGAGACGUAAGUAGAUUUUACCGGUAAAAUGAAAGUAGAUUUGCAAGUGUAUAAGCGACAACAAACCGAUGUCAACAUCCGGUGGUGAAAAGGUGGAAUGUCCCAAGAUUGACUCGAUAUUGUUGCCGUUUACUUGCCGGGAUGUGGGUGUAUGGAUACGGUUCACUCAUAUGGAAGGUAGACUUUCCGUUUAAACGGAAACUGGUGGGCUAUAUCGAAGGUUACCAUCGCAGGUUCUGGCAGGGAAGCACGGACCACAGGGGUGUGCCAGGAAAGCCUGGUAGAGUGGUGACACUGGUGAAAGCUUCAAAUGAGUCCAAGGAAAAAGUCUGGGGUAUGGCAUAUGAGAUUGCUGAGGAGGAUGAGAUUAAAGUCAGAGAGCACUUAAACUACAGAGAGAAGGGAGGCUACAGUCUAGCCAAGGUUCAAUUCCACCCUGAAAAUACCCCAGAAUCUCCUAUUGAUCUGGAAUUGUACCUAGCCACCGAGGAAAAUGAUGAUUACUUGGGACCUGCACCAAUUGAUGAGAUUGCCAAACAAGUGAUUUUGUCUGUUGGACCAAGUGGAAAAAACAUUGACUAUGUACUGAAUCUCGCUCAGGCCAUGAGGUCUAUAGCACCAGGCAGGGAGGAUCCCCACUUGUAUGAACUGGAGAAGGAGAUCAAACUUCAACAAAAGAUUAGUGAUAGUCAUAUACCAUGAGUAUCUGUAUGUUAACAUGGAUCUCAUUUCUCAGGAAUUUUAAACUGGCUUUGAUAUACAUAGAGUUAAAUUGUUUGUUAGUGGCUUAUACAUAGGCAUAUGUGGUUUUAGUUAAAAGAAAAAACUUUAAUUUUGUUUUAAAAUAUGUCCUUGUUGUACAAAAAGGAGGUCAUAAGAUUUCCAAUACAAGUUCUAUAGUUUGUGUUGUAAACUAGCAAGAAAAUUGAUACCACAGUAAAAAAUAAUUUAUAUACAUUUUUUACUACCUAGGUGCAUAAUAUGGCAUUACCUAUUUCAAAAACCUUGUUAAUUAUGCAUCAGUGUAAUUAGUGCUGUUUAUCUUUUCCAGACAAGGUUUGUCUUGAAUUGUAAAAGUUAUUACCCUUACUGAUCAUGAGUAUUCAUAAAUGAGGCCAGCCAAACAAAAGUAUGUGUGUGUUGACUAGGGUUAUACCUCCAUUACCAAUAGUACUGAUUGUGAAGUGUUUAUACAAGCAGUUUUAGAUAAGUACUGGUCAAUUCUAGAUUUGUCCCAUUGACAACAAUGAACUACAUCUAACUAGUCUAUUUUUGAUGUGUUUCCCUAAACAGACAUGUACAUGUAUUUAUUGGCUUGGUGUAUAAUGAUCUACUGUUUAAUUUUUGUUCUUGUUUCUUAUUGUCAUUGUAUCGGAACACUUUGUGUGCUUCAUUCCGUACAUAUUUUUAAAUAAACAUAAACAGAGUGCAAAAUAUUUGUAAUUGUCACAAGAAUUUUAUUGUUUUGUUAUGAAAUAAAACUAUGUCAAAUA